CCUCAGCGCGGCCUUCAGCCGGCAGCUCAACGUCAGUGCCAAACCCUUCGUGCCCAACGUCCACGCCGCCGAGUUCGUGCCGUCCUUCCUGCGUGGCCCUGCCCAGCCGUCGCCAUCCCCGGCUGGCGCCGCGCCGGCGCCCACCACCAUGGAGCCGACAGUGGCGCGGGAGGCCCUUCGGCACCUGUGGAACCUUCUGAAGAGGAACAAUUGUUGUGUGUAGGUUCAAAUUCAGCUGUUAGCAUGGAACUUUCAGAAACUGUUGUAGAAAAUGGGGAGACAGAAAUGUCCCCAGAAGAAUCACGGGAGCACAAAGAAGAAAUCAGUGAAGCAGAGCCAGUGGGUGGCUCCUUGGGAGGUGGAAGGCCCCCAGAGGAAGGUGCCCAGGAGAUGAUGGAGGAGGAAGAGGAGAUACCAAAACCCAAAUCUGUGGUUGCACCACCAGGUGCUCCUAAGAAGGAACAUGUAAAUGUUGUAUUCAUUGGGCAUGUAGAUGCUGGCAAGUCAACCAUUGGAGGACAAAUAAUGGUGCUGUCUCUCUCUGAAGUUGCCUGCACUUUUUCUCCUCUGGCCACAGCUGGCUCUUCUCUGCUCAUGAAAACAUUAGGCUCGUGUCUGCCUUUGGGCCUUUGCUCCUGUGCCUGCAACGUCCUCAACCCCAGCCGCUGUCCCUGCUCCCAACUCUGGAACUAUGGCCAUGGCCUCUGUUUUCUAUUGUCUCAGAAAGGCUGCCGCUGACCACCUAAAUAGCUCCUCCGGUCAUGAGUUACACCGCUACCUGAAACUGUUUACAGAUAACAUCUGUGAUAACAUCUCUCUCUCCACCACAGCAUACACCUCCUAGAGCAGAGACCGUGUCGGCACUUAAAACAGCACCUGGCACUGUAGACUGAGCUGGUGCAGUGUUUGACAAGGUCCAGGCACGAGGAGGAAUCCUGAAAACAGAAACCUCAUAGCUGGCCCCUGCUAAUUCCCGCACUUAUUUUUGCAGUUAUGAUGGUGAUUGGGCUCAUAUAUGGGAAAUCUUAUGUACUUAAGAUUAUUCAUCUUUAGUAAACAACAUAACCCACAAUAUUGAUCAAAGCAGCAAUUCCGGAAAUGAAAGCAGUGUUAUGGGACCAACUGUUCCAGGCAUACUGCCACAAAUAAGUGAGGUAGAACAACCCAGGCCUCUCUUAAACCUAGAUGCAGUUUGUCCUCCCCUUUGUAACAAUUCAAACAUGACUAACUGGGAUUUCUUUAGAAUAUUGGCAGACAAGGAGUUAUUGGAACCUAGGCCAUGGAAAAACCCAUUCUCCCAAGAAACAUAUAUGAAACAGCAAAGUAAUAAAGAUUAAUAGUCCCCACUGCCCAGGGCCCCACUUAUGUUGCUUAUAAUAUUAGAAGACACCUCUGGUAACGCCCUCAUAGAAAGAAUUUAUGAGCAAAAUAAAAUUUAUAUUUACAAAUAUCCCAUAUAUAAAAGUUUAUGAUAAAUUUAUAAAAUAUUACUAUAUUAAUAGUAAGGUAGUAAGAGCAGAUUUAGUGUUCUUAUAUAAAGGAUAAAGAGGACUGACUGCAAGGCCCUGGUGCCUGUAGAUGCAGGAGGAAAGGUGUAAACAUCUGAAAUUGUGGAAUGAAUAUUAUAAAAGAAUAAGGUGUUUUUGUUGUAUUCAUAGGAAUGUUAAGGAAUGGGUGAUAGGAGUACCAGCCCUAGAUUUUAGAUGUAAGCCUCUACCCACGUGUAGGAUAGGAUUUAAUUAAUAAUAUAGUUACACUUAAUAACCAAAAGGCAUAUAGCUUGCAUUUUAUAUAACCUGCUUAAACUUUAUAUAGCCUUAGACACAUAUCUAAAAGUCUAUAUAAUCUUACACACUUAAAGUAAAAAUCAUAGCCCACAUGCUUAACCCACACACUGUCUUACGCCAUUUUCUGUUUAGCACCUACCACAUAGCUUACAUGAAUUACUAAUCACAAUAGACUAGGGGAAAGUUAAAAAUUAAAUGUUAAAUGGCUACUAUUAGAAGAAAUAGUGAUGUUUACUUAAGGGUGAUAAGCUGAAAUUAUGUAAACUGACAGAAAAAGGAUUGUAUUAUUCAUAAUUUUAAAAAAUGUUCAACAUUAUGUAAACCGUAAAAAGAUACAAAAAUAAAGACCCUGCCGCUUGAUGUCAGGAGAUGUUACAACUUUAAUUGGGUGUUUCGUCUCCUCAUUGAUCUCACUCGCUGACACUGUCCUUUCCUUCGUGACCCACACCUCAGCUGGAGCUGGACUCCGACACCGAGCCCAUACCAAAUCUGAUGUGCAAACACAGACGUGUUCUGAGGCAUGCUGGCCACGUGGAAGGGAAAGGGUGUGCUCUGGCCAGCUGCACCCAGGGAGUUGU